AUUUUAUCACUACAGAUCCAGAUUUCGAGUCUUUGAUAUGAAAAUAUAGUUGGUAGAAAGGCUUUUUCAAAUGGGCCCUAAGCGACACAAAUUUGGAUUAUUAGGGCUCCCGUGAGAUACUGGUGAUCAAUUCUAACAGAAACUUCCAAAUCAGAUUAACUGCUGUCUGCUAAUCAUUUGCAAGUUGUGUUGAAAAAAAGUUAAUCCAAAUGGAUUGCGUAGCAGCAAUUAAAAAUAUUAUCUCUAAGUUCAACUACAGCCAUUAGCUAAUUGUAACAACAGGGAAUUGGGUGGUGACGUUUAACUCUCUCUGUAUUCAAUUACAGAUACGGGGUUUGAGUCAAAAAGUUAUUGAGUUCUGCCGAACCUGUAACAUCAGUGCUAAAUCCACACGUCUCAGGCGUCUCAGGUGUUGGAUUGAUGGCGGUGAGAUUUGAACGUAGGAUAUUUAACCUUGUAGCAAGAUAGAUAUUAUGUGCAUCUGGUGAUAGGAACAUUUGGAUUUGAUCUCCAUGAAAGAGGUUUGUCUUCUUGAUGUAUUUGAGGGCCGUUAGUGGCGUAUUUCUCGAACGUAGGAACAUUUGGAUUUGAUCUCCAUGAAAGAGGUUUGUUUAGUGGCGUGUUUCUCGAACGUAGGAACAUUUGGAUUUGAUCACCAUGAAAGAGGUUUGUUUAGUGGCGUAUUUCUCGAAUGUAGAAACAUUUGAAUUUGAUCUCCAUGAAAGAGGGUAAAAUGGCUGGUGAGCCAGUUCAUGUGAAUGAAUUUCAAGAGCUUGCUAGGCAAGUUCUUCCAAAGAUGUAUUAUGACUUCUUUGCUGGAGGAGCUGAGGAUCAGUAUACACUCAAAGAAAAUAUCGAAGCAUUUUGUAGAAUCACUAUUCGGCCAAGAAUACUUGUUGAUGUGAGCAGAAUAGACAUGUCGACUAUUAUACUUGGUCACAAGACAUCAGCUCCAAUUAUAGUUGCCCCAACUUCUUCACAUCAAUUGGCACAUCCUGAAGGAGAAGUUGCAACAGCUAGAGGUGCUGCAGCAUGUAAUGUUAUCAUGGCAUUGUCAUUUACGUCCACAUGCACAGUGGAGGAGGUUGCCUCAAGCUGCAACACUGUUCGCUUCUUUCAAACAUAUGUUUACAAAAGGAGAGAUAUAACAGAACUUAUGGUACGUCGAGCUGAGAACAAUGGGUUUAGGGCUAUAAUUCUUACUGCUGACACUCCAAGGCUUGGCAGAAGGGAAGCUGAUAUAAAGAACAAGAUGAUUUCACCUCGGUUGAGGAAUUUUGAAGGUUUUAUAUCAACUGAGGUUGUUUCUGACAAAGGCUCAAAUCUUGAAGCAUAUGCUGCCAAAACUCUUGAUCCUUCUCUUUCCUGGAAGGAUAUAGCGUGGCUAAAAUCAAUUACUAAGUUGCCAAUUCUGAUUAAGGGUGUUCUCACUGGUGA